CACAAGUGUGUGUUUUGAAGUUGGAGCUUAAUAGAGAGCUGAGCCCUCCCCGCAGCGGUACACGCUUUGCUCUGUGUGGUGUGUGUGUGUGUGUGUGUGCGCGCGCGUGAGAAUCUCGGCCGUAGUGAACAUGGCGGAGCGGAGCGGGAUGCGUUCAAGCGCCGAAGGAAAGUUGGUGUUGUAAGCCGAACCAACCCGCGUCGCUUUAUCCGCUCGGAUCGUGGACGUUUGAGCGGUGACGCCUGGUCAGCACGUCCCAUAAGAGCCAAGGCAAGUGCUGUGCAUCCUUAGCAUCAUCAAUGCAUCUAUUGUUCAAACAGGCGAAUGACCCAUCAAAGGAACAUAGAUGAAAAAGAAACAUGUGUCCCAUGGAGUGAUCUGUCAACAUCUGGAGCCUGGGGCAUUUCCAUAAACUUGUUUUCAAUAUCCAGAGAAGAAGGGAGGAGAAGCGGCGCGCCUGUCGCUAGCUAUGAGUGCCAUGGUCACCUAGACACAAUGGCUGUGUCGUAGGCCAACUUAGGUUGUUCUUCUUCCUCAAGAUCUUUGGGUGCUUUCUCUGCAAUCCUGGCCCUGCUAGCCAUGGCUGUAGUGCGGAAGUUGACUCGUGCUGUGCGCCAGCAGGGCCUCCACCGUCUGGUUCUGGCUCUUAUCCUUUUCUGCCUGCUUUCAAUGGCCUACCUGGCGUACCAUGUUAGUGGUGGCCCAAAGAUCAAGGAAGCUCCUCCUUUGCCACUGGGAGAAUGUGUGACCGCAGCAGCCAUCACUGAUAGCCAGCGAGUUCCGCUGUUCAUGCCCUCUGAGCUGAGUCAUCAGUGGCAGGCAUCAAGGAAGCUAGACGCUACACGCAUUGAGCCCGUGGUGCUGCUCUUCAUAGAGAGCAUUUACUCUCAGCUGGGCCAGGAGAUUGUGGCCAUCUUGGAGUCUAGCCGUUUUAGGUACCACACUGAAAUUGCUCCAGGGAAAGCUGACAUGCCUGCGUUGGCCUGGAGGGGUAAAGGCCGCUACACUUUAAUCAUCUAUGAAAAUCUGCUCAAGUAUGUCAAUCUGGACUCCUGGAACCGGCAGCUGUUGGAUAAAUACUGCCAAGACUAUGGCGUGGGCAUUAUUGGUUUCUACCGUGCCAACGAAAACUCUCCAUCUAGUGCCCAGCUCAAAGGAUUCCCACUUUUCCUGCGCUCCAACCUUCCUCUGUGGGACUAUCGGAUCAACCCUGCUGCUCCGCUGCUCUACAUCACCCGCCCCAGCGAACUCGAACCCGGCCCACUCCCUGCUGAUAACUGGACCACGUUCUUGUCGAACCACAGCACCUACGAGCCUGUACUGCUGGCCAGCCCCAGGCCUGCCGAGCUGCCAACACAUUCCAUUCUACAGAGGGUCCUGUUAGCUACUGUAAUACAAGACCUGGGUCUUCACGACGGAAUCCAGCGUGUGCUGUUUGGUGCAAGUCUGUCCUUCUGGCUGCAUAAACUGCUGUUUGUGGACGCGGUUGGCUAUUUGACAGGCAGGAGGCUCAGCCUAUCACUGGACAGAUUCCUGCUUGUAGAUGUUGAUGACAUCUUUGUUGGGAAAGAAGGGACACGCAUGAAGGUGGCUGAUGUGGAGGCUCUGCUUCACACCCAGACCAAACUCCGUGCUCUCGUCCCCAAUUUCACAUUCAACCUGGGAUUCUCUGGAAAGUUCUUCCAUACAGGUACAGAUGAAGAAGAUGAAGGUGACAACACCCUGCUCAGACACCGGCAGGAGUUCUGGUGGUUUCCUCACAUGUGGAGCCACAUGCAGCCACACCUGUUUCAUAACGUCAGUGUACUUGCAGAUCAGAUGAGACUCAACAAGCAGUUUGCUCAGGAACAUGGGAUCCCCACGGACAUGGGCUAUGCUGUGGCCCCGCACCACUCGGGUGUAUACCCAGUGCAUAGCCAGCUGUACCAGGCCUGGAAGAGUGUGUGGGGAAUUUCAGUGACCAGUACAGAGGAGUACCCUCACCUCAGACCCGCACGCUUCCGCAGGGGCUUCAUUCACAGCGGCAUAAAGGUUCUCCCACGGCAGACAUGCGGGCUCUUCACACACACUAUCUUCUAUAAGGAUUACCCAGGAGGCCCUCAGGAACUGGACAAAAGCAUCCGGGGUGGAGAGCUCUUUCUUACUGUUCUCCUCAAUCUGGUCAGUAUUUUCAUGACGCACCUGUCUAACUAUGGUAACGAUCGCCUGGGCCUCUACACUUUCGAGUCUCUGGUAAAGUUUGUGCAGUGCUGGACUCGCCUGCGCUUACAGACCCUGCCCCCGGUCAGCCUGGCUGAGAAAUACUUCCACAUCUUCCCUGAUGAGAGAGACCCCCUGUGGCAGAAUCCUUGUCAUGAUAAAAGGCAUAAAGACAUCUGGUCAAAAGAGAAGACCUGUGAUAGGCUUCCCAAGUUUCUGGUAAUUGGGCCUCAAAAAACAGGGACAACUGCUCUGCACGCGUUUCUGUCCCUCCAUCCUGCCAUCACUGCCAGUUCAUUCAGCCCGGUCACUUUUGAGGAGGUGCAGUUCUUUAGCGGAUCCAACUACCUGCGUGGAAUUGAUUGGUACAUGGACUUCUUCCCCGUGCCCUCGAAUGUGAGCACAGACUUUCUAUUUGAGAAGAGCGCUAAUUACUUUGACACUGAGGCUGUCCCGAAGAGAGCGGCAGCGCUGCUGCCAAGAGCCAAAAUCAUAACCAUCCUCAUCAACCCAGCGGAUAGAGCAUACUCCUGGUACCAGCAUCAAAGGGCUCACCAGGAUCCCGUGGCUCUGAACUACACAUUCCAGCAGGUGAUCUCAGCAGGUUCCUCCUCUCCUGCAGCGCUGCUCGCUCUGCACCGCCGCUGCCUACAGCCGGGAUACUACAGCAGCCAUUUAGAGCGCUGGCUCCAUUACUACCAGCCCAGUCAGCUUUUGAUUGUUGAUGGACUCCAGUUGCGGUCCAAGCCAGUGCAGGUGAUGGACAGCGUGCAGAGGUUUCUGGGUGUUACACCCUUCUUCAACUAUACUCAGGCACUCAUGUAUGAUGAGAUUAAAGGCUUCUGGUGUCAGAGACUGGAUGCAGGCCGAACGCGCUGUCUGGGCAAAAGCAAAGGCAGGAAAUACCCCGAUAUGAGCCCAGAGUCACGGGCCUUCCUGUCGGAGCAUUACAGAGAGCAGAACGUGGAGCUGUUGAGGCUGCUGAAGCGCCUGGGACAACCUCUACCCGGCUGGCUCCGAGACGAUCUCCACAACGCCAGCUGGAGCUGACGACAAGAAGAAGCAUGAGGAACAGAAGCCCAUAUCGAACCCUGCUCCACCUCGGAGCACACAGGGCCAUGUCACUGCAGGACAGAGGACAUUUGAUUCUCCCUGUGUCCCAACACACACACACACACACACACACACACACACACACACACACACACACACACACACACACACAGCAGUUCCAACCAGGACGAAGGAACGCCUGCUGUGGGUGUGAGAGCUCGAGCCCGGCUUUUAAAGGGAGCUGAGAAUCCGAGCUGAGUCUGUACAUUUUGAGGAGGACUGUGCACCUAUUUAAUUGCCAAGAUAAGGACAUAAGAGCUAGUUAGUUGCAUUUUGGGUAACUAACAAAAGGAGCUUAUUAUUUGCAUUGUGGGAAAUGGUGUUUCACAGCUGAUGUGAUGAACGUGCAGGGUCUGAGAGAGGUUCGAAAGACUUAGCCGAGUGGAUGGGAAGGAAUGUACAGGCUGGUCGUAGUAAACGGUUUAAAUUCUGCCAAGCAGAGAGACAUUUGAGUAGAGGUGCCACCUAAGAGUUCAGACAUUUGCUGAUGUGUAGAUCUGUCUCGCUUUGUAAAUGUUGGAAUUAGAGUUUGGCUGUUUCCCAACCAGCGUCAUACCACUGAACUAAAACAUUCCAGGGCCAAGAUUAUAUUACGACACUUUUUGAUGUUUUUAUAUUGGAUUUGCAAAGGAAAUGAAGUAGGAAUGUUUGAACUAUAAACCAAGUUGAGUUUUGGGAUCAGUAAUUGGCCGACAUGUUUCCCAAGUCACACGCAGCUGCACUACCAACUCAAUCAGCACAUGAACGCGUAUGAAGAAUGUCGAACCCGUGCUGAUGACCAGAUAUGGUUUUGUUCCAGUGUUUAAUGAAAUGAAGUCAGCAGUGUUUCCGACAUGACCUGCCAUCUCAAACCGUGCCAAACUAAACUGCUGGGGUCAAAUAAGGUAACUUUGCCAAAAACCAGACGUGUUGUGUCUGAGAGACUUAAAGCGAGGAAGAUUAUGUGUGCGUGCACGUACGUGAGAGAGUGUGUGUGUGUGUGUGUGUGUGUGUGUGUGUGUGUGUGUGUGAGAGAGAGAGAGAGUGAGGGAGCGAGAGAGAUUGUAUUUGUGUAUACAAGUGAAAUUCAUCUGCAGUGGCUGUACUGUACAACAAUCGUAUAUAUUCUGUUGUCUUUUUUGGUCAACUUGAAAUCAGGUAAAAAAAAAUAAAAAAACGCACAUCUGCAAAUAAAUGCACACAAUAAAGACA